CUCCUGCUUCUCGCACAGGACGGUUGUCGGUGGUGCGCGUUCGUCUGUUUUUCUAUCGAGUUGCCGUGAGGAUUCGGAGUCUUUUCGUAGCGAUUGCGCUUCGAAAAUUGACUAGUUGAAUGACGGCAAAUAGAUUAUUCCAUCGAGGCGAAUUAGAUCAGUGCUAAAGUCGUCAGGCGUGCAGUGCUUGCUUAAUAAUGAAACGUAUUGCCCUUCAAAGUGACCAGUACAGAACGGCUUGCGUAUCGGUGAUCAAUUUGUAACCAGUCGUAAAUAAACAUCUCAAGUGCUUCAAGUGUUUUCACUUUGCCGUGCUAUUCGGCGACUUAAGUGCUCUACCACCAACAUCUGCCACAUCCAGUGAUCAUAAUUCAUUAUGUGUUGUGUGUAAGCAGCCUGCUAGCAAGUGUAGGAUCGUAAUAUGCAUGAAAUGGAUCGAUGCUUAGCAUAACUACGCCUUAAUACGCCGUAGCACGGCGCCGAAAGUACACAACUAAUCAAUGCAUAGUGGCUUCUGUGGAAAUCUAUUUCAUCCUCAAUUUCUUCGAAAUACGCCAAAUAUUAUACAAAUCCAUCACUAGAAGAAGAUUCGUGGAGUGUUUGAAGCCAAUGAAUACCCGUUGAGGUUGGAGCGAGGUAUUAUUCACAGUCAACCUGUGAGGUAGGCCGCUCCACGCUGUACGAGCAGAGUUGGCGCGCUGGUUGGAUGCUGUUACCCGAUGCCCGACGAAAGAUAAAAGCGUGUCGAACUUCUCCAGACUUCCACCUGCAGCUACCUUUUCUUGUACAUCCUCCGAACCAUUCUGGCAAGCGGAAGGCAUCACAGGGAGCUGUGAAAAUCGUCCAAACCGGACGGUUCACGCGAUCGCCUACAACUCGUACCGUCGGUUUGGUUCCAGAUUCGCGCGGCGCUCAAACCGGGCGACCACAAAUUAACCGCAGAAUUCAUCGCUACGGCAGCGAUUGAAAAUCACUGCCUACUUCGCUUCCUCGUGCACUACGCUGCGCGCCACACUCCACCCAACAGCUGUCGCCAUACUCCAAAGAGCGUGGCAGCGUUGUCGUUUUGUCGUAGUAUUGCGACAGCAUCACGACCACCGCUGCUCGAGUUUGUUGCGCACCGCGAGACCACAAUCCCGCCGCUUACCACGAUUGCGAUCACUUGCGUACGCACGGCCGAGCCGAGCAGUUGAGCGUAACGUGUGCCGCGACACCAAGCCCUAACUGAUUCUUUGCGGCUUCUUGCCAUCCGCCCAGUUCACAGUUGUGGAAGCGAUCGGUAUUAAUUCAUCCUCAAUAUCCCGCGUAGGUUGAUUCCAACUUCCAGUGCGAUCUCACCAUGAGUAGAUUGAUCGAUAAUGGAUAAAAACUCGAAUCCACGCCAACUGCUUGGCCAGCGUGGUGAGUUGCGAGCGAAGGGCAAUAGUUUAUCGUCAUUACCUGUGAAUCUGCGAUCGGACGCAUCAUUUGAUUAGUGUACAUUGUUUGUGUUGCAUACACACAAUAUUAUCUCUAUACGUUUAAGCAACAAAAUGCUUAAGUGGCGAAUGUAAGUGCAUCUUGUUUAAAUUCUCAGUAUUCUGUAUCGGGUUCGAGAACUAUGCACAUCAAUUGCUGGAAGUGUACAAUUUAAGCAGUGCAAAAACCUUCUGAUGUGUGUAUCUAUUAACUAAAUCUCAAACCAAGCCUCUAGUAUUGCAUAGUGCGAGAAAAAGCCCAGUGAAAUUAGUGCCCAUAACUAGCGUACCGUGUUGGAUAUUUUGCAAGUGCAUCAAUUGAUCGAAGCAAAAAAUGUUAAAAAUGAAAAGUGAACAGUGAAACUUUAAUAUUUUGUUUCGAUUAUCUACUGUAUGCGAACAUCACCAUCACCACAAAAGAGCAAGUGUAUAAAAUGAGUUCGUCCACGGCAUUGUACAUUUUACCGUUGAUUUUAUUUAUUUAUCCUGUACUCACAUCAUAUCAAGGACUGUACACUCACCAUCUGAACGAGGGCGUUAGAGUGAUCGUACCACGAAAAGUAAAUCAUCUCGGUGAAAUUGUUUCACAUACGUUAACUCAUCAUCACACCCACGGGGAAGACGAAUCUCAUUCUGAUCGCGGCCGGCGGCGUGGUCGGCGUAGCGUAGUGGAAAGUAAUCCCUCACAACAACUCCACUACCACAUCGAUAUAGACGAUGAAACGCUUCAUGUGGAGCUUGAACCGUCGACGGCUUCGUUUGUUGCGCCUUUAAUGGUGAUCGAGCGACAUCGGCGCGACGUUCGCACGCGAGUUCGACCUAUGAGGAACAUCAACUGUCACUACCAAGGCCAGGUCCGAGGUCACGACCAAUCUCGAGUGGCGCUAUCCGCCUGCAAUGGACUGGCCGGUGUUUUGAGAACCAAUCGUACGGAGUAUUGGAUUGAACCAGCGAAACAUCAUCCCCAAGGUCCGAAUGGAGAGCAUCCGCACGUGGUCUUCAAACGAGCCGAUGUUAAAGAGACGCCAGCAAAGAAAAACUCGCGAUCUGCCAUCAAAAAGAAGAAAAGAAAGCGCAAGAAGCGUCAUCUUAGCAACUGCGGCACCAGAGAGCCCCGUCGGCUGACCGAAACGCGGCUAGAAUGGCAACACCAAGGCAAGGUCCUCGUGCAAGGCGGCCGCAAAACGCGCAAUCAGCAUCCCGAUCUGACGGCGUCUUUCGCACACACGGGCCACCGGGAGGAGGGUGAGCGAAAGAUGGCAAAAACCAUGGGCAAAGGCAAGGCACGAACGCGUCGAAGCAUUAGCAAACCCCGCCACGUAGAGGCCCUCGUCGUUGCGGACCAUUCGAUGGUGCAGUUUCACCAGGACGUCGAUCUUCAGCAGUACCUUCUGAUGAUAAUGAAUAUGGUCUCGUCGCUGUACAAAGAUCCCACCAUUGGCAACUCCAUCCAGGUUACAGUGGUCAAAAUCAUCAUUCUCGAAGAGGAGGAUUCGCAUGCCGAUUUCAACGUCACGCACAUGGCCAGCAACACGCUGGAGAACUUUUGUCGCUGGCAGCGAAACCUUAACCCCAAGCCCGACGAAGAUCCACACCAUCAUGACGUGGCCAUCCUAGUGACAAGAAAGAACAUCUGUUCCAACUAUGGAUGCGCAACCCUCGGCGUGGCCAACGUAGGCGGCAUGUGUCGGCCGGACAAAUCGUGCAGCGUCAACGAGGACAACGGCAUUACCCUGGCGCAUACGAUAUCCCACGAGCUGGGCCACAAUUUUGGAAUGUACCACGAUACGGCGAAAACCGGUUGCGAUCACCGUAUCGGACCGAUUCUUCACAUUAUGACGCCAAGCUUCGAAGCCGAUACUAUGCAGGUGUCAUGGUCAAACUGUAGCCGGCGCGACAUUACGCACUUCCUCGACCAGGGUCUUGGCAAGUGUCUCGAAGAUGCCCCCAGCCAGGAAGAGUACGAGUACCCGGAGCUCCCCCCAGGGGCCAUGUACAAUGCGGAUCUGCAGUGCCGACUGCAGUUCAACUCGACCGACGAGGAUAUGACCGUGUGCUCCAAGCUGGACGAAAUCUGCACACAGCUCUGGUGUCUUGUGGGUGAAGUGUGCACCACAAUGUUACGACCUGCGGCCCCGGGCACCAAUUGUGGUCGGCGCAUGUGGUGCCAAAAUCAAAAGUGCGUCGAUGUCGAAGAACUGCCCGCCCCGGUCGACGGUGGCUGGGGAGACUGGAGUCCCUGGAGCGAAUGUUCCCGCUCGUGUGGCGUCGGCAUUGCUAAGCAAACCCGGGAAUGUGACCAUCCAUCGCCGGCCCACGGUGGCAUGUUUUGCAUCGGCGAACGGGCACGCUACAAAACCUGCCACGUCCAGGCCUGCCCGCUGGGAACGCCCAGCUUUAGAGCGGAACAGUGCUCGGCCCAUGACAAUGACACUAUCAAGGGGGAAAAAUACACCUGGCUUCCUUACUUCGAUAAAAAUGAGCCGUGCGAGCUGUACUGCAGUAACACGGAGGACACAAUGAUCGUACCGUUCGGAGACACGGCGGUCGAUGGCACCUUCUGCAACCUGGGUACGAACGACAUGUGCAUCGGCGGCAUCUGUCGCAAGGUAGGUUGUGAUUGGGUUGUCGACUCAAACACUACUGAGGAUAGGUGUGGCGUUUGUGGCGGUACCGGUGACACUUGCUUCGUGAAGAAGGGCGAAAUCAACAAGAAGAUCAACACAACAGACGGUGUACACGAUGUACUAAUGAUUCCCGCUGGAGCACGCAAUGUGCUUAUAGAGGAGAUAUUGCCGUCGAAAAAUUUCAUCGGCGUCGGUCGUUCUACUGGAAACGAGUGCUAUCUUAAUUGCAACCACUUCAUUCAACUGCCCGGCGAGUACGAAGUAGCGAGCAGUCUGUGUCUAUACGAGAGGGAAAACGAACAAGAACGGCUCAAAAUUCCAGGGCCUAUCAUGGAGGAUGUGAAUGUGUUUAUCGUAAUCAAGAAGAAGAACAAUCAGGCAGGAAUUCGCUACGAGUAUACACUUCCUUCACACAACGGCAAAAACCAAUCGGCGUACUACUGGAAGCUAACGGACUGGUCAGUUUGCUCGGCCACCUGCGGCGGAGGAAAACAGUUCCGUGAGUCAAUAUGUUAUCAUCGUGGCAAGGGAGUGGCUAAGGAGGAGCAGUGCCUGCGCCAUGCAUUUGGGAAGCGGCAUGAACCGAUUGCGAGAGACUGCAACGACGAUCCGUGUCCGUUUAACUGGUGGGUUGGACCUUGGCAGCUAUGCCCAAUGACUUGCCGCAAGCCACACAAGCCUGUGCCGAUACGGCGCAGAUCGAUUCUAUGCGUUGAUUCCAACUCCAACGCUCGACCGGAUACGCAUUGCAAUAACAAGCCCCGACCACACGACAAGGAACCCUGCGGCGAGGAACUGCCUGUAUGUCAAGAAAAUCAGCGAUCAGGCCAGGAAACAGAACGUCCCGAUACGAUACCAUUCGAAGAAUUCGGUCCCUCUGAUCUUCCAUCCCCGUCGACACCGGCUGACGACUAUGAGGUGAACAACAACAUCUGAAACACAACAAUCGCGCCGCAGUGCAACCUUGGAGAGUGAAUAUGUUAUAUUAACAUUUAUGGCACUGCUCUCGGUGUUUGCAUAGACAUGCUGGACACACCUUGCCCAAACAGUUUGUGAAAUAAAACGCACUCGUGACUAUACUCAGUACAAAACUGCAUGCAUUUGCCGAUCAGCAUUUGCGCACUGUGUAUGAUGCUAACUGCUGGCUGCGGAACAUGCAGCACUCUUCAUAACGCUUUACGUACUUUUUUAUGAUGUCAUUUGAGACCACGUGUUUGUAUUUAAUAAAUCUUUAUUUUAUAGAAUAAAUAGUA